GUUUGUGUAUAUGAGAACAGUUUGUGUACACGUACUGUUACUGCUAAUUUUUUUUUUCUUUUACAUUAGAUUCAGUAUGAUUCCCUACUUUUAUGCAGUUGUGUUUUCACAAAGUUUUCAAUUGGAAACUAUUGACUAGUUGCAGAUGUGGCACGUAGAGUUUCAGACCAUCUGAAUGCAGGUUAUAAUCUCUAGUAUUUUCUAUGUUACUGUUUGCAGAGGCACUAACAUAGUUUUAAACAAACAAAAAAGGCCUAAUUUUUUAUUUUUCUUCGUUCAGGUUUAUGGUAGGUGUUGAGUGAUACUUAUUGUAAUUGAGCUUCCUGUUAAUAACACUCAUGAUUGUUUUGUUUUGUAGAGAAUUGGUGAGCAGAAAGCUUUCUUUUAAUGAAAUAUUUAGCACAUGUUGAGAAACAAGUCAGAAAACCCGGCCGAAAGCUAAUGUCAUCCAGAACGCCAACAGACAAUCCAGAGGUGCCAAUGGAAAAUACCCUUUUCCCUGAAGUUCCUGAUGUGGAAGGAAAGGUGAAGUCAAGUGACAGUCCAGUAGAGAGACGGGAGGCAGGCUCAGACAAAGAGGAGCACCCUGAGCCCAUGUCCAAAAGGCAGAGGAAGAAGUUACUGAAGCAGAAACAGUGGGAGGAACAAAAAGAUCUACGGAGGCAGAAACGAAAAGAGAAACGCCAGAAGAGAAAACUAGAACGUCAGUCAAAAUUGGAUUCCAGCAAUGAAGGGAAUGACAGAAAGUGCAUGCGCAGGGAAGUCGUUCCUAGCACGCUUCGCCUCAUUGUGGACUGCAGCUUUGAUGACCUGAUGGUGUUAAAGGAUGUCAAGAAGCUUCACAAGCAGAUUCAGAGAUGUUAUGCAGAAAACCGCAAGGCAUUUCAUCCCGUGCAGUUUUACUUGACCAGCCAUGGGGGACAGUUGAAGAGCAACAUGAAUGAAAACGACAAAGGAUGGGUGAACUGGAAGGACAUCCAAAUUAGAACAGAGCACUACAGUGAGCUAAUAAAGAAGGAAGACCUAGUAUAUCUUACCUCAGAUUCCCCAGAUGUUCUCAGAGAGCUUGAUGAGAAGAAGGCCUAUGUGAUUGGAGGACUGGUAGAUCACAAUCACCACAAGGGAAUAACUUACAAAAAAGCUGUAGAGCAGGGCAUUGGUCAUGCACAGCUCCCACUUGGAAACUUUGUCAAGAUGAACAGUCGGAAAGUGUUAGCCGUCAAUCAUGUGUUUGAGAUCAUCCUUGCAUACCUGGAGAAGAGAGACUGGAAGGAGGCCUUUUUCAGUGUCCUGCCACAGAGGAAAGGGGCUGUUCCUUUGGGAGAAGCCAAUGAUUCAUCCAAACAUGCUCUGUCUGGAAAAGAAGAUGAAGACAAUGACUCGGACAGUGACUAGGCUUCAGAAGGAGAUGAUGGGGAAGAUGAGACACACAGUUCGUGGGAUAAAUCUGGGACAUGAAGUAGUUACACUCCAAAGACCAUCUGCUGUCUUUGUAAUACUGAAUUCUCUCAGUGCUCGGCAGUUCCAUAGUUUGCCUAAAGCUGUUUGUGUACAUGAAGGGUAAAGUUAAAUGCAGUUUUUUACCCUGAAACUUCAAUAUUAAUAGCUUAAAAAGAAAAAGAAAAAAAUGGCAAAUGCAGCAUUUAUUUUUCCCAAGGAAGCUGUUUAAUUUAAUUUUUUAAUAUUAUUUUUUUAUACAUACUAAUUAGGGUGUAAUAGCCAGGGGCAUUAGUAGUUACUAUUUUAAUGUAUGCAUUCUUCUCCAUUUCUACCCUUAAGUUUUCUUAAAAGCAAUUAAUGACAAGCAUUCCCAUGACUCCAAAACCUGCACCACUAGUGCCUGUUGCAGAGUGUACAUGAACAGUCAAAACAAAAAAACAAACAUCCUAAUUUUCCUGAACUUCUCAACAGUCAGUCGCAGUCAGCUGAACUGCCCAGUGUGUAUAUUGUGCUUAAUUAGGUGGGGUCAGUAGAUGAAAUGUGAGUGUGGGGUUAAGGCAGUGCCUACACUUGAGCUUGAGUGGGAUGGGUGUCAGCACAGGCGCAAAUCAUGUGCCUUGGUUGGCACAUGUUGUGUGUUGAGUUGAGGUGGCACAAUGACCUUUAAUUGUUUCUUCAUCUUCUUAGCAAAAUUUAUCUCACAGCCUCAGAACAAUCCCAAGGAGGCAGGAACUCUUCCUUACGAGUCACUUACUCAGAUUCAGUAUUCCUGUUUAGUUACAUGAUCCUGUUUGUAUUUUAUUGUCCAUUAAAUAUUUUUCCUUUAAAAAAACAAGUCAUAAUCUUAGUCUUGGCUGGAUGUUCUGAUUCAGCUUACUUCUAACUGACUUAAAGGGCUUCUGCAGAGUAGUGAAGUGGAUACCUUGGAAGUGAGGCUUCACUUCAACCCCGUGAGCCUGCCCCAUCCCUUUUUUCUCCAGGGACUAGCCAAGUAGCUGCAGUGCCUGAAUAAGAACAGCUUUCACACUGGUUGGCUGAAGAGCACGAGGACAUGGCAUCCUAACUGUUCAUAUCUGCUGAGCGGGAAUCAGAGGGCUGAUUCAGUUAUGACUGGGCUUAAAUCCAUUUUUCUUCCUCUUUUGUGGUUACUGUGUUCAAGUGGAGACUAGAAACAGGAUCCCAAUGGUCUGUAAAGGGUUGGCAACCAACUGGUUAUGACUUACACACUUAGUGCACUUCUCUCCUUACUUUCUAAACAACUGGAGGAAAGUUUCUUCUGUUAAAAAUACGGAUUGUGGUUUGUUGCUGAAAUGCUGUGGGCAUUUUUUGGGGGCUUUAUAAAACCGUGAUUGCUUUGUUCCAGAAACGAGAUCAGCCUUUGCAGAAAAGCAUUGCCGUUUUUAUUUCUGUAGCAAAAAAGGCAGCCAAAGUAUACCCAGCAUGCAUUACACUGAUUUCCCGAUAGAAAUGUGUAAAGCAGUAAAAUUUGGAAGGAGUUAUACUUCUA